AUGGACGAGAAGAAGAAGCAUAGUUUCAGGUACGCUUGCAACCAUGGAAUCGUCUCACUCGUCGUCCUCCUCCUUCUCUCUCCCACCGUCGGAGCACAACCCGGGCCAGCCGGAUCCAACAACCAAUACCCAUAUGCUGUCAAGUUCAGCCCAUCCAUGGCAAUCAUCAUAGUAGUCCUCAUCGCAGCUCUCUUCUUCAUGGGUUUCUUCUCCAUCUACAUCCGCCACUGCUCUGACGCCUCCGGUGGCAGCAACAACGUCCGUGCUGUCCUCACCGCCCGCUCCCGCCGUGCAGCGGCGGCGCGUGGCCUAGAUCCAGCAGUCGUCGACAACUUCCCUACUUUUGCCUACUCCGAAGUCAAAGGACGCAAGAUCGGCAAAGGUGCUUUAGAAUGCGCAGUCUGUUUGAAUGAAUUUGAAGACAAUGAAACUCUCCGUUUGAUUCCGAAGUGCGAUCACGUGUUCCACCCUGAAUGCAUCGACGCCUGGCUCACCUCUCAUGUGACCUGCCCGGUCUGCCGGGCCAACCUCGUGCCACAACCCGGUGAAUCCGUACAUCUCCCUGAACCGGUAAUUGAUAUAGAAAGUCAGGCUACGGACGAGGUACAUAGCACAGCCAAUGAGCAAGAAAUGCCUGAAGUUUUGAACCGGGCUUCGAGUUUGAAUCAGAACCGGCCACCAAGAUCUGGGUCUGUGAGAGCGAAACUGUUCGGCAAGUUUAGGUCGCAUUCAACUGGGCAUUCUUUGGUUCAACCGGGGGAGAAUAUAGACCGGUUUACUCUAAGGUUGCCGGUGGAGGUAAGGAAAGAAGUGAUGGACCGGGCUUUACUAAACCGGACGGCGAGUUGUGUGGUGAGGCUACCAAGAGAAGGGAGUUCAAGAAGGGGGUAUAGAAUCGGGGAAAGCAGUAGUAGGAUUAGGUCUUUUAAGCGGUUGGAAAAAUUGGACCGGCCAAUGGGUUCAGACCGGUGGGUGUUCUCAAUGGCUCCACCAUUUUUUUCGAAGACAGCAUCGGUUAGGUCCCCGAAGGUUGCGGUGGAUACUGGCGAGGGGUCCACAUCCUCGAGGACUUCGAAGGGUGGGAUGAUUAAAAUGCCCUCGUUUAAUUGUUUGGAGCCAAAGGGUGAUGAGUCCGGUCUGGUGUCGGCUGACUCGGCUAAGCCUCCGGUUCAAAGUCAUCCGCCGGUGUAG